UCACCCAGACCACAGAUCCUUCCCACCAGAUGGAAGGUGGCAACAUUGCCCUGGCAAUCUUCCUCCCCAUCAUUCUCGUCAUCCUGUUGAUUGGAGGCAUCUACAUCUACUACACUAAAUUCCAAGGAAAAACUCUCUUUGGCUUCUCCUUUUCCAGCUCUCACAGCUACAGCCCCAUCACUGUAGAAUCUGAUUUCAACAACCCUCUCUAUGAGGCUGGGCAGAGGUGGGACAUCUGUGAUGCUUCAGAUAUUGCUGAACCCCAGCAGUGUCAGCAAGAAUGGCUAAAUGUGCUGUGGAGACUUUCAGCAUCUACACAUUUUGAAAACUGNGGAAAAGAUCGAUUUUCUUACUUCGCAGUAUCAUAA